AUGCCAUUGUAUAAUUCACAGGACCUCAGCAGUGUAGUCUAUGCCAGUGCUGCUACAACUCACACAGAAAGCACUGACCUCAAUGCAUUCAUCUGUAAUAGGUCAGACUUACCACUGUGUGAUACUGAAGCAAACCCUAGCACUGGACAUGACAAUUUAUCUUAUCCACCAACCUUGGACAGUACUGAGGGAAGAGUCAUGGAAGAUAAACCAUAUGGGUGUAAGUAUUGCAUUCGUAGGUUUGCCCAUAGCUCAAGUCUUUACCGGCAUCAAAAAAGCCACAUGGAAACUAAGCUUCAUAAAUGUAUCCUAUGUAAUAAAGCCUUUACCAGUGCCUCAAAUCUCAAUGUCCAUUCCAGAAUUCACACUGGGCUAAAGCCCUAUGAGUGUAAUGAUUGCGGGAAGAGGUUUACACGCAAAUUUGGACUUGACCAACAUUUAAAAAUCCACAGCCAAGAGAAAUUAUAUAUUUGCUCUCACUGUGGAAAGACUUAUACUGACUACUUCUUUUUAGUAAAGCAUCAACAAAUGGAAAGAGCUUCUGUUCCAUACUCUUGA